AUGGAGUACGUAGUGAACGGCAUCCAGCUGCGAGAUCAACAUUCCCCCUAUAUCCGCCGCGCCGCUUUUGAGCGACUCGCAACUCUCACGACGAAGCACCCCUCAACUCGUGACUCAGCAGUGUCUGAUAUUGAUCGACUGCAGAGCACUUGCCAGUGUCCAAAGGCAUUGCCAACUGGCUUUCUUGAUGGUGUUUUCAAUUUAAGAGCAUCCCCAGCUCCCACUCGAUUUCGAGAUCUAGAUGCUUUACUUGCGCUCAGCGAGGCUGCGCAAUCGCCAUGCCAUCCCAAGGAUGUUACAAAACUGGUCCCUUUGUUUGCAGAUUAUCUUCCAGAUUGCCAGUCUCUUAUAUUACAUUCGUCCCCAUUCCUCUACAGUCUCGAAACCUCGCCAUGGGAGCUAUUAACCCGAAAUCUUGUGACAGCAUUGCUCGUAAUUGGUCUGCGGCACCCGCAACAUCGUGAUCUGGUAAAGAAGAGCAUUUUUGCAUACAUAGAGCGUUGCCAUCAGCUUGUUCGGGAUUUGCCCACCCUUGAUAGUCAGGCUACUCGGACGGGAGAAUAUGGAGAUUAUCAAAUAGUUUUCGAUAUCGCUGCUCUUGCAGUCUCCCUAGUCGGAUUUUUAGAUGGAAUGUCGACGUCUGCCCAUUUCUUCAACCCUGGCGAACAGUUGCAUGCCAUUGAAAAAUUACGCAUGGUGCUUUCAGAGCAGUUUCUGGUUGCCGUUGAAACUACCUCAUCUACAAUUCGCAAUUUUCAAAGUUCAGAUCUCUCGCUUCAGCACUGGCGUCGGUAUGCUAGACUCUCUGCAGCCGCUGGGCGGCCAAUCAGCUCAAUGUUAAUGCAAAAGGCGUUUUUGGGCUUUGUGUUGUCAUGUACGUCCCCAGUUGGGAAAGACGGGAGGAUAAUAUCAGUCGAUGCAUUGUUAGAUCAAUACAUCACUAGUCUGGACCCCAUGAGGUAUAAUGAUAAAGAUUCGACUGCUCUUGCGGAAUACUGUGCACAAAUCGCAACCGACCAGAUCCAGUUAUUAGAAGACGGCUCUGACUAUUUGCAACUGGGAGAACCAUGGCAAAGACAUCUUGCCUUCACCGUCAAAUCAUUUGCACUGGUCACUUUUGUUAAUUGUGUGAUAUUAGAUGAGGAUUCUGCCGAUAUUGACCUUUUGCUGUCAUGGCUAGAUGCCACCCUGCUUCACUUUGACCAAAUGGCAAGCAAAGCGCUGGCAACAGUCACAUUCAAAUCCUUGGUGAUUUUGUCCAAGCUAUCUCGCCUCAACGCGCCGAAUUUGACAAGAUCCCUAUUGCGGUUCAUAGUUCAGAGUGGCCAAAGCGGUGCUAUUCUCAUUGCGGCUGCUCGUGCAUUAGCACAGACUCUCCAGCUGCUCUCCCAGGAUACCAUCAUUGGAACAUUGUACUCUCUAGGAAAUGUCCUUAGUGCUACCCCGACACAUGAGAAAAUACACCAACCUACAAGUAUACCAACAGAAGAUAUCAAUACCUAUUCACGUUAUUUAGUGGCAAAUUCUCAGCAAUCGAAUGACAGUUUCAUCUCGCUUACUCUGAAUGGUGACGAAGAUACAUUAGUUGCCUACAGAAAUGUAGUACAGGCGAUUAUCAUUAUCGCCACGAACUCUGAAGAUAGCAAGAUAGUGGCGCUAGCACAAUCUGUUCUUCUACAAAAAAUUGGCAGAGUGAACGUUUUACUUGAUGCCUGUCUUGUCCAGGAGACUGCUGCUCUUGCUCUAAAAAGCGAACCCGCUGAAUUUCAGGUUCUACUUAAAUUCUACUCACGUCUUUAUCGGGAUGCAGCUAUUCAGGGCAAUUCGCUCGUUGUCGACGCAAUCCACAAGGCAAGGGAACAUCUUUCCAUACAUCUUCAAAAGGACAAUGUAUUAUUUAGGAUAUUUUUGACAUUCCUUCUCGAAAGUAUUGUGAAUAAAGGAGGAGCUACGGAUCGGGAAAAAAACCGUUCUCAAGAUGCUGAGCUUUCUGCCAGCGAUAUCUUGCCGUAUUUGCGGCCGGUUACCUGUCUUGUAUCGAAACUUGGAUCGAUUGAGGAUUUUCCAGGUGGCAUUUCUGAGAAUAGCGACAUAUUAUCUCUUUUGCGCGAUGCUUGGUUCAACAUUGCCGCCCAUGAUGUCUCUCUAGGCUGUGAAAUUGGCUGUGAUCACCAAGAGGAUCUUCGCAUUUUAGCCGAAUACUCCCCCCCCCUAGUUUCAGAAAAUUGGUCUGAGCUCCUAGAAAGCGAUAUUGAAUUAAAUACGGUUUUGAGACGAGGGAUGAAUUCUACACAUAUGUUUGAGAAGAAAAGAAGCCUAACCCAAGAACUUCCGGCUUUAGAAUACCAGAUAAAGCGUUUGAGCUACCCCAAAAUUGUUUUUUUAAAUGCCACUUUGCUUCUGGAGAGUCUGCGUGCUUCUUCCGGCAACUUCACAAAGGUAUUCACGUAUUUUCUAGAUCCUACUUUGAACAGCCCAGAUAUCGUGGAUUGCAUGAAGGCCAUUGUCGAAAAGAUUGUUACAAUAUACCUCGAGAAAACAUUAUCCAGCGAUUCGGCGAAGUUUUCUGCCCCAUUCAUUUCACAGCAGCUGGCGGAUAUGUUUGUUGCCUGCUGCCAUCGGAUUGACAGGAUCCAACAAGUAGCAUCAUCGGCUGCGUCGAAGCUAAUUGCCAAAUGUCCCUCAGCGCUAUGUGAAAAAAAGUCACUUUUUACGCUGCUGGACCUCCUAAGCCUUCUAUGGUCAUCUUGUUUGGAUGAAGAAUUGGACGAAUAUGAAUGGAGGUCGACGUUUAUUUGUGCGACAAGCAAGGUCCAAGUUGAAUUGUCCGACGAUUAUGAGUUUCGAAGAUAUACUCUGAAUAAUUUGUUCAACUUGGCUAGAUCUUGGGUAUCUGUAGUUAUGAAAAUUGCACCUUUAGAUGUCAAAGGGCUACUUCAGACUUAUCUCUCCGAUUAUGAUGAUGAUGGUGGUUAUGGACAUACAUCUAUGGGCCGAUCAUUCGCACUUGAGAUGGGCUCAAUGAUACCUGCAGGCGACCAAAGAUUAGGUUCUAUCGAACGCAGUGGCAAUACAAUUUUAAAUGUGGCCUCUGAUUUCGUCGCGCAAUAUACCACUCGUCAAGAGUAUCGUUUCUCUGAGACUCAUUCACUCGCCGGCGAGAGCUUGCGUUUGCGUAUUGCACCAUUCAAUGAAACGGAAAGUGAAAUUUGCAAAACAAGCCCUCGAGAUAUCCUAGAAGUAUUGGUGGAACUGGAAGCUCUGAUCUCGCAAGACCAACAGAUUCCAGUGGAGAUGCCGCGAAAUGUACUUCGAAGAACGGCCACCAUUUUGUGUAACCGUGAAGAUCCUCAGCCUUCUAUAAUUUCUCACCUGGUUAACAUUCCAUUCCAACUCUUUACCAAAGAAUCUAUCAAAAUGGGUAUUUCGUUAUGGCUUGGUGUAAUUAAUGAAAACCCAGACACGGAACCGAGAAUACUAGUCGAAGUCGCACACGCCUGGGAACGCACCAUAAGACGAAAAAGGGGCAUAUUUGACCCCAACUUUCAGUAUUUAGAUCCUUUCAUGGAAAAAACAGAGUCUUUGCCUUCCGAUAAAAAUAUGAUGAUGAAACGCCAAAGAAAAGCUCAAAAUAUCAUCUCACCUCACCUACGCCUCCUUACAUUUUUCGAGAGCCACUUUAACGCUACCAGGCUAGCUAGUUCUCAUAUCCAAAGAAUCUUUAGACGGCUGGUAAGCGUUACACUUGACGCCAUCAGAAGCACAGCCGCACAUCCACUCGCUCGAGAAAUUCACUUUCACACUAUUCUUUUCAGCCUUAAAGUUCUUCGUUACUGUAGAGGGCAAUCGAAAAUUGCGUUGUGGAAACUGAAGGACCAAAUUCUCUCCGCUGCUCUAAGUUGGUUUAGCCAUCCACCCAGGUGGUCUUUCGGGGCGAACAAGCUGCAACUAAAAGCUGAAGAUAAAAUUCUAUAUGAUAUCGAAUCGAUAUUAGGUGUUAGCUCUUGGGUUGAUCUUGGGGACACCACGUCAAGGAAAUCUCUGAAAACUAAGCAAGACCUUGUCCUUGUCCUUAUCGGUGAUGAACGGGCGCGCCUCAGAGUAUGGCUAUCUCCCCUCGAUAGCGAUAAGCGGCACCACGGCGUCAAUAGAACUUCAGAGGUUGUGAUAUCUGGGUUACUAAGACUGGCUUGGACAGAAAACCCGAAUUUGGCCAUUCAGUUAGCUUCUCGAUUUCCUUCGCCAAAAAUCCAAAAUGAUGUUCGUUGGUUGCUUUUCAAUUUCCCGGAAAAGGUUAUAGAUGAGCCGGAUUGUUUGGAGAUACUUCUCGGCCCUGCACUACCUGAAGACAUUACCUUUCAAUUAAAGUAUCUUCUCUACUGGGGACCUACAAACCCAAUAGCAGCCGUGACUUAUUUUCUCCCAGCGUAUGGUAACCACCCAUUUAUCCUACAAUAUGCAAUGCGUGCUUUGGAGAGUCACUCUGUGGAUGUUAGCUUUUUUUACAUUCCGCAACUUGUGCAAGCUUUACGUUAUGAUGCUCUAGGCUAUGUUGAGCGAUAUCUCCUCGAAACUGCCCAGCUUUCCCCGUAUUUCGCGCACCAGGUAAUAUGGAAUAUGAAGGCAAACGCAUUUAAGGACGAAGAUUCCCAGAUUCCGGACCCUGUCAAGCCAGUCCUUGAUAAAUUUAUGGAUGAGUUAAUCUCAAGCUUUUCAGAAGCGGAUAGAAGCUUCUACGAAAGGGAGUUUUCUUUCUUUCAUGAAAUUACCGAUAUAUCGGGAAAACUUCGACCAUAUAUUAAGCGGAGCAAACCCGAGAAAAAAGAAAAGAUAGAAGAAGAAUUACGCAAGAUUAAAGUAGAAGUUGGGGUUUAUCUUCCAAGUAACCCGGACGGCGUUGUCGUUGGCAUAGAUCGGAAAUCGGGCAAACCGCUGCAAAGCCACGCGAAAGCCCCCUACAUGGCCACUUUCCGAAUACAAAAAACCAAAGAGGCAAUGAACAGCGACAUAAAUGGAGACAAUGGCAAUAUCGAUAAGAGUCCUACUGGUGAGGUCAGUUACCAGUUGCAGAAUGGUAAAAAAGAGACAACAUAUGAAGUUUGGCAGUCGGCCAUUUUUAAAGUUGGCGACGAUUGCCGGCAGGAUGUCUUAGCCUUACAGAUGAUCGCAGCUUUUCGUAGCAUUUUUAAUAGCGUCGGCUUGGAUGUUUUCGUAUUUCCAUAUCGUGUGGUUGCCACUGCACCAGGUUGUGGAGUUAUCGACGUUCUCCCGAAUUCUAUCUCGCGUGAUAUGCUCGGCCGAGAAGCCAUUAACGGUUUAUAUGAUUAUUUUGUUUCCAAAUAUGGCGGCGAAGAUUCGAUUCGGUUUCAGGAAGCUCGAAGCAACUUCGUCAAAUCUAUGGCUGCCUACUCUGUGAUCUCAUACUUGCUCCAAUUCAAAGAUAGGCAUAACGGGAAUAUUAUGGUUGAUGAUGCAGGCCACAUAAUACACAUCGACUUUGGAUUCUGUUUUGACAUCGCCCCGGGUGGAAUACGAUUUGAGCGAGCCCCCUUCAAAUUGACUACCGAAAUGAUCGCUGUCAUGGGGGGCCAAACGCCUCCCCAUCACCACCACUCGGCACAGAGCAGUAGUGGUAUCUCCUUUCCAGGGACAUCUUCACAUAAUCCACUCAGCUCCCAAUCUUAUCGUUGGUUCGAAGCGCUUGUUGUGAAAGCCUUCCUAGCGUCUCGUCCGUAUCAGUCCAGACUGUCACACAUUGUCACGCUGAUGCUCGAUAGCGGACUGCCAUGCUUUAAGCCAGAUACUCUAAAGAAUUUUCGCGACAGGUUUGUGCUGGAGAAGAGUGAGUAUGAUGCAGCACAUCAUAUGAGGGAGCUGAUUCGCAAGAGUUAUGCCAGCAUUUCCACCAAAGGUUAUGACCAGUUCCAGUUGUUGACAAACAGUAUUCCAUAUUAG